AGCAGACCUCUCCCUCUCUCUACAAAUACAGUCCAGCGUCUAGAGAGAGAAAGGCAGCGAAUGUGGUGGUGCCAGCGAUGAAAUAGAAGGACUAAAAGCUUUCUCUCUCUUCAGGUCAAAGCUGGCAUUUGUUGUUUAAAGCCCCUCUCUCUAUCCCACCCCUCUCCCAGUAUUUACAACCUCACUUUCUCUCUCUAUCUUCCAUUUUCGCUCCCAUAAAAUCUCCUUCCUCUCAUCGCCGGAGGGGAUAUGUUCUUCAUCCAUAUUUAAUCUCGAGCACAGAGUCUCCGACCAUGGCCGCCGCGUCCCUGUCUCCCUCCGGCGGGGAGAAGAAACACUGGUGGCUCACCAAUAGAAAGAUGGUGGAGCGACACGUGAGGGAAGCUAAAAUGCUGAUCGCGACGCAGGAGCAAGGCGAGAUUGCGGCGGCGCUGGGGCUUCUGGAGGCGACGCUCGCGGUGGCGCCGCGCAUGGAGGUGGCGCUUGAGAUGAAGGCGCGGUGCCUCCUGCAUCUCAGGCGGUUCAAGGAGGUAGCCGAUAUGCUGCAGGAUUACAUCCCCAGCCUGAAAAUGACUGUCUCCGACGAAACGUCGUCGUCCGGGUCUUCCGACGGCUCGUCGAUGCAGCUCUCGAGGGAGCAAGUCAAGCUUCUGUCCUCCACCGGCGAUUCGCUCGGCGAGGCCGAGCCGGCUUUCAGAUGCUUUUCCGUUUCCGAUCUGAGGAAGAAGGUCAUGGCCGGGCUCUGCAAAAACGUGGAGAAAGAAGGUCAAUGGAGAUACUCCGUACUCGGCCAAGCGUGCUGCCACCUCGGCCUCAUGGAGGAAGCGAUGGUCCUCCUCCAGACCGGAAAACGCCUCGCCGCCGCCGCCUUCCGCCGCGAAAGCAUCUCCCUCCCCGAUGACAUCUUCUCCUUCAACCGAUUCCCCCUCUCCGGCGACCCCUCCCACCCCCAAAACCCUCCACGGACCGAGUCCGACAGCAUCACCCACCUCCUCUGCCACAUCAAGCUCCUCAUCCGCCGAAAAACCGCCGCCACCGCCGCCCUCGACGCCGGCCUCCACUCAGAGGCCAUCCGCCACUUCUCUAAAAUCCUCGACGGUCGUCGUGGAGCCCCUCAGAACUUCCUCUCCGAGUGCUACGUCCACCGAGCCUCUGCCUACAGAUCCGCCAGCCGCAUAGCCGAAGCCAUUGCAGACUGCAACAAAGCACUCGCCCUCGACACUUCCUCCAUAGACGCUCUCACAACUCGAGCUGCCCUUUUCGAGACCAUACGAUGCUAUCCCGACAGCCUUCACGACCUCGAACACCUCAAACUCCUCUAUAACUCAAUCCUCCGUGACCGGAAGCUUCCAGGGCCUGUCUGGAGAAGGCAGAGCGUGAAGUACCGUGAAAUUCCCGGGAGAUUAUGCUCGUUGGCUACGAAAAUCCAGCAACUGAAGCAGAGACUUGCGGCAGGUGAGUCCAGCAAUGUGGAUUAUUACGCGCUGAUUGGAUUGCGAAGGGGAUGCUCGAGAUCGGAAUUGGAAAGGGCCCAUUUGCUGUUGAUGUUGAAGCACAAGCCCGAUAAGUCGUCGGGCUUCAUGGAAAGGUGUGAGUUUGCAGACGAGAAGGAAAUUGACUCAGUCAAGGAUCGAGCGAGAAUGUCUGCUUUGUUGCUGUAUAGGUUGAUUCAGAAGGGGUAUACGAGUUUGAUGGCUGCAAUUUUGGAAGAGGAGACUGCCGAGAAGCAGAGGAAAAAGGCUGUUGCCGGAGUAGUGGAAACUCCGGCGUUGGCGUUGGCGCCGCCGGCGGCGGCCGGGAAUGACAAAAACGACGAGGACAACAGAAAUGCUAAAAAUAGUAAUGUGAGUGGGAAUGACAAAAAGGCCCCUAUCACAACUCCACCAGCUUCAGUUUUCCAAGGGGUUUUCUGUAGGGACCUUGCGGUGGUCGGUAAUUUGCUGUCUCAGGCAGGGUUUAAUCGUCCAAUUACAGUGAAAUAUGAGGCAUUGAGCUGUUGAUCGAUGAGUAUUUAAAUUAAUAUGGAGAAAAUUUGAAAAAAAAAAUUAAAUAAAUUGAAGCAGAAUACAAAUUAGAAAUGAUGGAGGAUAUGAAAAUUACGAAACGCUACAAGUGCUUCUGAAAAAAUGUUCAUAAAAGACGCGGGCGGGAGAAUCUAUGAUUUGGUGGCGUGUACAAAUAGGAAUGCUUGAAGUACUACUCUGCGCGCCAGGGGUGAAAAAAUUUUGUUACUAGUACAUUUUUUUUGUCGUUUUGUUAUCUUAUGUUUAUUUUUCUUUUAAAACAUUUAUUUUGGUGCCUGUACAGAAUUUUAUUUUAAUUUCAGUACUUGUAAACUUUCUUCCUUUACUCCAAUGAUGUUUGGUCUGUUUAAAUUUUAGUUGUCUGUCAUUUUCUUGAUCAUUAUUUUUGAAUCGUCUUAAAUUGGGGUGGGUUGUAAUAAAUGUUUUUCAUGAUAAAUUGUGGGGGUCGAUGAACAUGACAUUAUUAUUAUUAGUAUUGCAAUUACUACUAUUUGCCAUA